GCGACUCUAUCGUCUUCUCUCGUAGAUCUUUGACGGCAACAAUGCAGCCUUCGAACAACACGCUUUCUUCUCGCACACCGGAUUCUCUCGUUACUUCAAGCACCACUUUGCAGAAUACCCAGUCACCCACUAGUACCCCCUCGUCUCAGAAUCUUACUUCUGCCUCAUUCGCUUCCAGAUCGCCUUUUACACCCUCUAUAUCCUGCGACACCACACUUGUCUCUCAAUCUCCUUCUUUCACGCAGAACUUCAAGUCUUCUACUCCUCCAACGCACGCUAUGCAGAACACACCUCCGCUUUCGCCCCCAAAUUCUUUUUCGCCCUCGUCUUCCGCCUCAUCCGCUUCCAUUGCCUCUACCGUUUCCUUGGCCUCGACACUCUCGGCCAGCGCACCACAAUUCCAGACCAGACUUCUUGAUGCACCUAUUGACAUCCAUAGCUUGAAUAUAUCGGAGAGCGCGGAGAGUGUCACGCAGAAAGUGCCCGAUUCUCUGCAUAAGGCAAGAACCGUUACCGGCGGCGCACCAGGUGGCUCUGUUGACGUGUUAGACAUCUCAAUGGGUUCUGCCCUAAUAAGUGAAGGUCCAACACCGACGCAAGAGUCUUUCCUAAAACAUUCACCUGCUAUCCCGGUGCCAUCUCCGUUCCAGACGUCUUCUCCUUUCGCCCCUUCGCAGAGUGUCGCAUCAUCCAACGACUCGAAUGGUGCCUUUGCUCCAGACAUGGACACGGACCAUACGCCAAAUGUGUAUAUCAAUGGUCUUCCGCCCAACUUUCCGGAGGAGCAAUUGCUCGCCAUGACAAGCGAGUUCGGUGAAGUUGUCAGCGUUAGGACGUUCACUCGUCACGUCAGCGAUAAGCCAUCGGGAUACGGCUUCGUUCUGUUUGGAAGUGUCGAAGCCGCCGAGAGGUGCAUCGAGACCCUUCGUAAAUAUCGCAAUUUGCACCCUUCAUUCUCAAAGCGGAUUCAUAAGAUACCCGGAACAGCAUAUGGCUCUGUUCCUUCAUCUGUUUCUGACUCAAAUGGCAUCUCGCUUUCUACGCUUUCAGUUUCGGACUCCACAGAAUCCGAGCUCACCGCAUCAGAUUCGUUCAAAGCUCGCAUGGAGCGCUUGCAGGACAGGAGCUCAACGAAUUUGUACAUGGAAGGACUGCCCCUCAGCAUCAACGAGCCAACAUUGGCGGCGCUGGUAAAACCAUUCAGAAUCAUGAGUAGCCGUCUCUUCCAGACUCGGUUGAGUAACCCACCAAGAAUAAUUGCGUUCGUCAGGUUGGAGAGUCGUACGGCAGCCGAGGAGGUCAUCGAACGUCUUCAUGGGCGUAUGGUCCGCGGAUGGAACGAUGUUGGGUGUCGUAUUUCCGUCAGGUUUGCGGACACCAGUGAGCAACGAGAGCUCCGUGUAAGUCGCAUGGAACGGAUGGGUCGUGAUGACGAGAAAUCACCUGCGCGGCUUACGAUCGCUCAAGCUGCGCUCCUGAAUCUCAAGGGUACUCAGCUACAAUCGCCUAUGUCUCAACUCUCUGGCUUCGGCGGCAUCUCCCCGACACUGGCCUCCAACUUGGGCCUCGCUCCCGAUAUCGGGUAUAAUAACCAACGCCUCGGAGCUCAUUCCCCCCACUUCGAUCAGGAGUUCUCGAAUCCUGUUCUGCGUGGUCUAGGCGUCAAUCGUUUAGGAACUCAAUAUGACGGACUGAACGCCCAGGCGGCAGAGUUCGCAUCUCGGGACGCUUUGAGGAUGCCUCACAACCCUAUUCUGGACUUCAAUGACGAUAGCGGAGACCUCCGAGCACAGAUUCAGGCUCUAGGUGUCAGGACGAACAACGCAGCGAGGGCGCAGGACGGUUUCACGCGCGUUGAGCGUCUGUUGUUACAGGCGCACUUGCAGCGACAGCAGGAGGAGCUGGCAGUAGCUAGUGCUGAACUCCAGUCUUUGCGUGGACAAGGGCCUAUGGGGUUUAGUGCUAACUCUACCCUUACCUUGAAUGGUCCGCCGCCUACAAUUGGAACGGGUCGUCGGUUGGGGGAGUUCCUGCCUUCCUUGUCGGAGGAAGACUUUCACGCUGGAGCAGCGCAUCGUCCACAACAGUCCUUUGGCGGGGUCCGAUCUUCUGCUCUGGAGAUCAAGGUGCCCCCUUCUCGUCGUGCUCUCGACUCUGCAGAUGCGAAGGCGAACUUUACGCGUCAACGUAACCAGACGCAUACUGCCGAAGCCCGUGCUCAGGCAGACGCUCAGAAAGGGCAAGCACAGACCGUCCAUGCACGCUCAACAACGUUGCCCUCGCAAUACAUCAGUGGCGACCGUGGUUCCGGCUCUACUUUUCUAAACUCGGGGACUAGUGAGGGCAAUUCUCUGAAGAGCGCGAACGUGAAGAACAGUUUUGACAGCAAGAAGAACAUCACGUAUACCAGCAGUAACAAUCGUAUUCUCAGCGGGAACAAUAGCAACGCCAGUAGCAAUAUCACCAAUUCGCAACGCGAUAACAUCCGCUCCCAAACCUCUCAGCAUCUCUUCAGCACUAAGAACAACGCGCAUACUCGCAUCGACACUUCCUCUAGCGGUCUCCUCUCUGUAUCCGCUCGGGCUUCCCCCUCAGUAUCUGGAAACGAACACGACAGUAACGAGUCUGGAUCCGAGCUGAGCUCCCCUGCAUUAACGUGUUCGACCCGUACGCCUGCCACUCUGAGUCCAUCUACGCCUUUCUCCGCCUUCGCCGACACCUUCGAGGGUAGCAAUUCGGCUGUCGGACCUAUUGCAGCCAUCACUGUUGGUGGCGGGGCUCCCCAGAAGGAGAUUGGACUCGGGAUUGGCGGGGGAGCUGGCAAGGUCAAGAUCAACGUGGUUUAAGCCUAUCGUCAACUACAUCGUUUGAACAAUUCAGCUUUCGCCUUGGCGGAUCUGAGAGACUGCCUAACGUAAAAGUAUUCUGAGUUGUGUCUUGGAACGCGGGUGUACAGUAUGUUCAUGAGGGGUAUGUACAAUAUUCGAGUAAUGUACGAGAGGGUUGGUUGUCAUCAGGUUGUUAUGUUGUGUAAGUUAGAUGUACAUUACCCUAGCAUUUGUAAAGAGUAAGCACUUCGAUGAACAGACGAAAAUGUCUCCGCAUGUUACUACAUGGUGAUUUUGCGAGUGAGCAUAUACUGGUGAUCGUGAUCUUUACGAAAUCGCGCAAAGGACAUUUCGUCCUCGUUACCCACCAUAUCACAUAUUUCGACGAUUGCUUUAAAGACAGAAUGACUGCAUAUUGUCUGCAUAAGCUUACUGUCAACCC